CGAAUUCCAGGCAGAGAGUUUUUGUCUGAUUAUUCAAAUCAAUCCAGCAAACUUUACAAAGACUUUGUGGCCAAUUUUACCAUGCAGGUUGAAAACAAUCUCCCAAAAGCAUACCAGGACCUUAUCAGGGCUAAAGAAAUGGUGGUGGUUGUGACAGGUGUUCACAGAGGAAGUGUGAUCGUUGACUUUGAUCUGGUCACUGCUCUGGAGGUCAAACUGUCAACCUCUGACGUGCAGAACAGUGUCAUCAAUGCGCUGAAAUCAUCUGUACUCGGAGUAGAUCUGAAUUUCACCUCAGUCAAAGAGGCAGAUAUCUGCCAACGAGGCGAUUACACAUGCUCAAAAAAUGCCAGCUGUGUCAGAGAGGGACCCUCACAUACAUGUGAAUGUAAGGCAGGAUUCUACGAUGAAAACCCAACCGUACCGGGUACUGACUGCAAGAGAAAUAUCUCUCCAGGUGCAGAUCCAUGUGAAGGCUUGUGUUCAUCACGUGCUCAGUGUGUGGUUGGUCCUGGAGGCAGCCAUGAGUGUAGCUGCUAUCCUGGUUUGAUAGAUGAGAAUCCUGUUAAUCCUGGGAAGCUAUGCAAAGAUCCUGUCGACUGUUUUGAUCAAGAAAAUGACAUUUGCUCAUCCCAAAAUCCAUGUCUUCCAUCCAAGUUUCUCUGCUCAUUGAGGAAGGUUUUCAAAUUAACAGCAGAAUUCAACUCUUGGAUCUUCAACUCCUCUCUGCACGACCCAGGGAGCGAUGCUUGGGCAUAUGCCUCUACAAAGAUCAUAAAAACUGUUGUCCCCAGAAUGCGGUGUGUUCUGUCAGAUUCAUCCUUUGACAUGACAGUGGUGGGCUACCAGAGGGGUAGUGUGGUGGUCAGGAUGAUGUGUGGUUAUAAUGGGAAUACUACCGCUGAUGAAAGAACUCUCCAGGCUGCUCUGCAGGACACAAUCCGCAAACACUUGGACGACUCCGCCAUAGCUACCUUGAAAAGAGUUUCACAGAUAUCAAUGGCCCCAGGAGCAGGCUGGAAAGUGGCGACAAUAGUCCUGGGAGUUCUGCUGGGCUUCACUUUGAUAGUCGUGGUUGUCGUUCUGAUCAUCACCAUAGCGAGGAGAGCAGCUAGCAAGCUGACCUCAUAUAACAUCGAGCAAACAAAGCACAACAGACAAGUGGUGUCCGAUGACUAUUUAGAAGGACGUUAUUCUUAUCAGGUGUAGUUCAGGGAUUCUUAAAAAGACGAGAUAAUCUCAACUUUUUUUCACGAAUAUAUUUGUUAAUAUUAACAGAAGUAUCAGCUAUCACACCAUGUAAAGGAACAACCUCCUAAUACUUUAAGUGUUUCAUAAAAUGCAACUAACUCAACUCCGUCAGACACAAUAAAAGGCAGUACAUUUUUACAUUUAUUGUUGAACAAGUGUUUAAUAAAGGCCUUGAUUGUUUAAUUGUAACAUUAGAUUAUUCAAAAAUGUAAUACAAAUCUCCAAACGUCUUAAUUGUUUUAUUUUAUAGUGCUAUAUAAUGCACCAGGGGUAAUUUCGCGUUUGCAUGAUUUUUUUGUUCGUUUUUUUGCAUGUUUUUCUAGAUUCAGAACAUAAAACAACAUUUAGAAAGCAAACAUUAUCCCUUGGAUCUACCACAGCAAAUACAUCAGUAGUUUAAGCAUAUGUUGCAACAAGGUUAAAAUAUUUUUUCUAAAUAUUGACUAAAAGAUCGAUCUUAUUAAGAGGGUUAGUCAUCAGUGAGUUGAUAAGGCACUGACGCAGUUGACUCAAAGCAGACAUAUUUGUGCCUCUACAAAUAAAUGUUUAAUACAAACAUUUGUAAAAUAUAGAAAAUUAUUUAUUUGAAAACAAUACAAAUAUAACCAUUAUAUCAGAUCUUUCAGCACUCUGACGGAGUUGACUUUAGAGUUAAUGUUUUAUGGAGUUGACAACAUUUUUGGCUUUUGUUCUUCAUUCAAGUGAUAUACAAGUUUUUCCUCAGUUGCUUUAAGGCUCUAGAACCUAAUUAUAUCAUGUCCUAUCUUAAUCUAUCAGACAGAUGGAGUCAACAGUUUAUGGUUGUGACAAUGGUGAUUUCAAUAUUGUUUGUUUAAAUCUAUCAGAAGUAGAGAACUUUACAGAUCAUGAGUUGUCUUGUUGCACUACAUGUAAUGAGGACAUGAAGAACGGGGUCCUUAUGGUGUAACUGACCCUGUUCAUUUCUGAUUCAUUUAGGAUUUUAGACAAAUCUGUCAGAGUUGACCAAAUCUCCGGACACAUUUUUUAGAAAUCAUAGUUUUGAAAGAAAUAAUCUUUAAAGUCAGAGAGGGCCAUUGAAAUUUAGAUUCUUUGCUCUGGACAAGGACAUUUCUGAGCAUAGAGCUGGCAUGUACAUUAACCAUAUUUAAAAUAUUUGGACAAUUCCAAAAGCAAAUCUUUGCCCUUGUAAAAUUCCACUAAAUGUAUUUUUUAAGC